UGCGGCCGCCCUGAGGGCGGCGGCCCUCCCGCCUUCCACCUCAGCGGCCGCUGGGGCGUGGCCCCGCGCGCAGGUGCAAGCCGAGGGGCGUGGCCUGGACGUCCCCCUCAGGUGCGGCACCGCCCUCCCGCCGCGCCCCGCCUUCCCCUCAGGUGCGGGCGGCCUGAGGCGGCGGUGGCGCCCCUGCUGCCGCCGCUCCCCCGCGAUGGCGGCCCCCGGCGGGCUGGGCCGCUGCGUGGCCGCCUUCUGGCUGGCGCUGGCCUUCGACGCGCUGGGCCUGGCGGUGCUGCUGGCCGGCGUGUUCGCCGACGUGUUCUUCUCCGACCUGCUCAUCUACGCGGGCGGCAUCGGCAUCUUCCUCAGCCUCAUCUGGUGGGUGUUCUGGUACGCGGGCAACCUGGAGGUGCCGCCGGAGGAGCUGCGCGACGACGUGGGGCUGGCGCCGCCCAAGGGUCGCGGGGACAGCCUGCUGCGGGGGCUGGUGCACGGCCUCAGCCUCCGCCUCUCCUCCGCCUUCGCUCCCGCGCCGCGCUCCCGUGCCGCCGCCGACCUGGAGCUGCAGCGCGCCGGGGGCCCGCGGGGCCGCCCCGCCGACUCCAGCAGGAUCUGUUGAAGACACGACUAUCGAAGUUACUGCCUCUAAAAGUGGGGGAAGUGCUGCAAAUUAUGGAAAGUGAAUUCCCUACUCAAUGCAAUAGGAUUCUCUCAUUAUGGAAUAAUCUCUGCCACCAUUGUGGACUCUGUAUAAAACGGACACAUAGAGCCAUAUCUCUGCCAAACACACCUAUUUCAGUGUUGGACUGGAUAGUUUUUUGUGGGUAUUCUUCACCAUUUCAAAACAUAAAUUAGAUCUCUUACGAAGUGAGAACUAAAAAAGAAACAAACGUGAUUCACAGAAAAAUCACUGCAGCAUGUAAUAUAGAAUUUUUUUAUUUUUAAUAACCUGGGAAUGUUUGGAUAAAAAGCUCUUGCACCAUGAAAAGCUCUUGCACUGUUUUACCAAGGUCUGGAAGUUAAACUCACUGUGAAUUUUUAUGAUGCCAGUGCAAUACUUUUGUUUGUAAGGGUGCUUUUAAAAUAUCUAUGUUAAACUAUUGAUGCAAAGUUGCAAAUGUAGUGGAAGUUGUUUAUAGUGUAAAUACACAAUUUACGGUGA